GAAGAGGUCCUUGGAGGGUCAAUAAAAGCUCACAAGUUUCUCCUUUCCUUGAUUUCUCCAGUAUUCAGAAACCAGUUCUAUGGAUCGCUUGCAAGCACUCACCAGGAAAUAGAGGAGGUGGAGAUUAAUGAUUGCUCCUAUGUAGUGUUCGAGCAGAUGUUGAAGCUUAUUUAUGAUGAUACAAUGGAUUUUUAUGAGAAGCAUAUCCAGAACAGUAUUGAUGUGGAACUGCUGUUUGAGUUGCUACGGCUAGCAGAUAAAUACCAGAUUGAAGGUUUGGCUGCACUAGUGAAGAACAGGAUAGCUACAGUACCGGUGUCCUCUCAAAACGCAGUUUCUAGAAAUCAUUGAACAGUAUAAAGAUCUUCUAAACUUUGAGGAUAUCUGCAUAAAUCUCAGUCAUCGCAUCUUCAAUACAAUGUUUGGUACUUGGAGAUAUUCCACUGAUGUUCUUAACUUUUGGUCUAUAAAUCAAGACAAGGCAGAGACGGUUGAUAUUCUGUUCGAGAUGUGUUUUUCUAUAGCAAGCAAAGGAUUGUUUGCUAUUGAAAACAAGAAUUUUCCAAUUAAUACAAGUUACAGGUUAAAAGAUGUUGACUAUUGUAAUCUGUUUGUUGAGCAAGAUUUUGAAGGAGACACCUUCCUUGAUGUUGAGUUCCAUGUUUUGGAUAAGAAGGGUCAAGUGGAAAAGAUCAGAGGUCACAAGCUACUUUUGGCAUUAGUUUCUCCUGUUUUUAAACAAGAAUUUUAUGGAUCUCCAAGUGAUAUUGUGGAUGGGGAGAAGGUUCAAGUUGUUAAUUUAAAAGAAGAGUUCCCAGCUGAAGUCUUAAGGAUUAUGAUAGAGUUCAUUUAUGAAAGUAAAGGGAAGAGCAUGAGAGCAGAACUUGGUAAGGAGAAUGCUGAGAAUUUGUUCAUGUUGCUGAACAUAUCUUAUAGAUAUCUCCUUCCAGCACUCUCUGAGAUGGUCAUUACAGUAAUCCGUGAAAUUCCAAUCUCAUCUGCCAAUGCAAUUGAGGUUCUAGCAAUUACCAAGAAAUUUGAAGAUCAACCCAGUGUAUCUUCAACAUGCAGUGAUCUGAAACAGAGGCUAGUGACGUCAAUGGCAUUUAAAUUAUUGCAAACUCCUGUUGACGUCCUGAAAUUCUGGUCUGAGAAUAAAGACAAUAAAGAUCUAGUUUGUGAUUUGUUUGCCGAGCUUAAUACUCCUGCUCUACAAGCCUAUCCUUAUAACAAUGAUCAAUGGUAACUUACAUGGCCAUUGGCCACUAAAUCAAAGAGAAGAAUUAUAAUAUACUUAAACAUUAAAGUUAUCAUUGACAUAUUUGGUCUAUAUUUUAUUCUUUGUCUUAAAAAUCAUGAGAAAAUAAAUUUUUUCUUCUCUCUUAUCAGAUGAUUUUUUGUAAUAUUAAAGCUUUUGUUAUACUCAUAUUAAUUAUCUUCCAAGCUAUUAAGGUAUUAUCAGUAUAAUGCGCUCAAAGGCUGUUCUUAAAUUGAGUUGUUCUUCACAGCCUGAAUGCCAGUGAACUGACAUUUUUUUAUUUUGUAUAUUUUUUAGUGCAAACUUAGCUAUUUUUUUCAGAAAUUUAAAUUAAAAAAUGCUUUAGCCAGUUUUAAAUCAGCAAAAUUAAGAGCAAAAUGUCGCAGUUAAAUCUUGUAAACUUUUCCGAGGUCUUUAAAGAUGCACAGGAAACUGGGAUAAAAUCUUUGUUAGAUUGUUCCCCUGAUGUUAACUUUCAAUUUUACGAUGAGGAGGGUGUCCUAGAGAGUUCCAUCAAAUGCCACAAGCUCUUGCUGUCAUUGGUAUCGCCUGUUUUCAAAAAACAGUUUUUUGGGUCUCUUGCUUCAACCACUGAGAAAUUAGAAUUGGUAGAGAUUAAAGAUUUUUCUUUUGAAGGGUUUACACAGAUGAUGAAACUCAUUUAUGAUACUGCGGAUAAUAUGUUUGAAAAACUGUUCUAUGACAUUCUUGAUGUUGCAUUGUUGUUCGAGAUACUAAGGCUUGCUGAUAAAUAUCAGAUUGAAGAUUUAGCUGCGUUAGCAAAAACCAGAAUAGCUACAGUUCCGUUGUCAGAUGAAAAUGCCCUGGAGGUUCUUGAAGUUACUGAGCAACAUAAAGAUCUUCUAAACUUUGAGGAAAUCUGCAAAGCUAUUAAUCUAAGAUUAGCUAUAACUAUGAAAAGCACUUGGACAUCUUCUGCUGAUGUUGAUUCAUUCUGCAAUCUCUAUAAAGACAGGGUUGAUCUUGUGAAUAUUUUGAUUAGCAAUGUGUACAGAGUUACACUAGACGGACGUGUGACAUACCCAAGAAUAAAGAUUCCUGAAGUUACUACAUCUUACAUGCUGAAGUAUAUAGACUAUCAGAAGUUUCUGGAGCAAUCAGAGGAAGAGGAAGAAGAAAGCUUUCAUGAUGUUGAGUUUCAAAUUACUGAUAAGAAAAGUGGAGAGGAAUCAAUCAGAGCACACAAGAUUCUUCUGGGAUUAGUUUCUCCAGUUUUCAAGAAAAUGUUUUUUGGGUUUCUGAGUCGGCGGACAGAUGGUGUUGAGGUCGUCAAGGUUAAAGAAAAAUCUGCAAAUGUGUUUAAGACCAUGGUCAAGUUUAUUUAUAAGAAUGAAAGUGAUCUAAGUGAGAUUGAUCAUGAAUUUGACUUUAAAAAUGUAGAUGCUUUGUUUGAGUUGUUUCAAACUUCAACCAAAUAUCAGUUGACAGGUUUGUGUGCCCUCGUUAAGUCCAAAAUUCUGGAUUUUCCUGUCUCCACUAAGAAUGCUGUUGAGGUGUUUGAAGUUCUUAAGAAGUAUAGGGAUGAAUCCAACCUGUCUACUAUAUGUGCUGAGUUGAAGGAAAGGCUGAUCACUACCCUUGUAACAUGGGAAUCCCCUGUUGAGGUUCUUUUGUUUUGGACAGAGAACAAGGACAAUGAAGAUUCAGUGAAGGAAAUCUUUGAUUGUUGUUUCCUAAGGUAUUCUCAAGAGCAGAGUCAGCUUUGUGAAAUGUAUAAAAAGUUUUAUAACUAGUUUUUGUCUUGUGAUUUUUCUUCAAGAUUUGUUGUAUUAUUUCCUUCCUGCAUAGAUUGAGUAUAUUUUACUUUUUAUUGUCUAAAAUGCUUACUUUAACUAAUCAUUCUGUGAAGUUAAAUUAGAGCUAGUUGGUGUUUCGAAAAUCUGCAUUUUUUGCAGUUUUUAUAUUGAAAAAUACAGUUAAGGUAUUUACUAUUUGUUAUGUAUUUUUCUUUUCAGAAA